GAGAAGCUGCUGUUACGUGAGCAGCUGUGGCAGAGUGGAGCAGAGCUGCAGCAGCAGGCAGACUUCUGCUCUGGUCUGGGAUCUGCAACCUGCAGUCUACUGUGGAGCUGCUCUGUCAUAGAGGACACAGUCACACACUGGCUGGCUGACGGGAAGCUGCAGGCCUUUCUGGCUGUAGCUGCUCAGACUCUGGAGAGCUUCGUCAGGUCUCUGGAUGUGGAGCUGAAGACCCAGACUGAGGACCAGAACUCCCAGGAGCACCAAUUUGUGUUGGCUCUAGCUGGAACCAUCACCAACAUAGCGGCAGUCACGUGUGGGCGGGACUACCUGUCUGGCUCGGCUCACACCCUGCUGGACAUUCUGAUGAAGCUGCUAGAGCUGAUGAAGCCUGGAGUCUUCCCCAAGCUGAAGGUGUUGAUGCUGAUGGCUCUGUAUAAUGUCAGCAUCAGUGUUAAAGGACUCAAGUACAUCAGUGAGAACCCAGGACUCCUGCCUCUGAUCUGGACCCUGCUGAAUGAUGGAGAGUGGGAGGUGUGUCUCCACUCUCUGCGUCUCCUCCAGUCUCUGCUGCUGGACGAGGAGGUGCUGCUCCUGCUGGGCUCCUCUCUGCUGGAUCCAGACCUCCAGGCUCGAGUCCACCACCUCACCACUAGUGUUGAACCAAGCCUGAGACUGGCUGCCCAGCAGACCCUGGAGGACCUGCAGGUCCUCCAACAG